AACUAAUCGAGCCAUAUGGCCCGUAUCGCCUAGCCCGGGCCAAGUUUCACUUUCAUACCAGCCCGGCCCAGCAGCUUCCUUCAACCUCAAACCCGCUCGAACCUCCGGCUCCACUCGCCGUCGCCGCCGCCGCCGCCCACCGACGACGAAGGGAUGGGGACGUCCGUGCAGGUGAUGCCGCUGAGCGGGGCGUACGGGGAAGGCCCCCUUUGCUAUCUGCUCGCCGUCGACGGCUUCCGCUUCCUCCUCGACUGCGGCUGGACCGACCACUGCGACCCCGCCCUCCUCCAGCCCCUCGCCAGGGUUGCGCCAACAAUAGAUGCUGUUCUUCUGUCUCAUCCUGACAUGAUGCAUCUAGGAGCUUUGCCCUAUGCUAUAAAACAUCUUGGAUUAUCUGCACCAGUAUAUGCAACAGAACCUGUGUUUAGACUUGGCCUUUUAACCAUGUAUGAUUAUUUUCUAUCUCGAUGGCAAGUUGCAGAUUUUGACUUGUUUUCUUUGGAUGAUAUUGAUGCCGCAUUCCAGAAUGUUGUGAGACUGAAAUAUUCACAGAAUCACCUUCUUAACGAUAAAGGUGAAGGAAUAGUUAUUGCGCCACAUGUGUCGGGCCAUCUUUUGGGGGGUACAGUAUGGAAGAUAACAAAAGAUGGAGAGGAUGUCGUCUAUGCUGUUGACUUUAACCACCGAAAAGAGAGGCAUUUGAAUGGUACUACCCUUGGAUCUUUUAUACGGCCAGCUGUUUUGAUUACUGAUGCUUACAAUGCCUUGAACAAUCAGGUCUACAAAAGGCAGCAGGAUCAAGAUUUCAUUGAUUCAAUGGUGAAAGUUCUAUCAAGUGGUGGUAGCGUAUUACUGCCUGCUGAUACAGCUGGUAGAGUGCUAGAACUUCUUUUAAUAAUGGAGCAGUACUGGGCUCAACGACAUUUGGUCUAUCCUAUCUACUUUCUGACAAAUGUUUCUACUAGUACUGUUGAUUUUGUCAAGAGUUUUCUUGAAUGGAUGAGUGAUUCUAUCUCAAAGUCUUUUGAACACACUAGAGAUAAUGCCUUCUUAUUAAGACAUGUCUCACUGAUAAUUAACAAAGAAGAGCUAGAGAAACUGGGAGAUGCUCCAAAGGUGGUUCUAGCAUCCAUGUCAAGUUUGGAGGUUGGCUUUUCUCAUGACAUUUUUGUUGAGAUGGCAAAUGAAGCUAAAAAUCUAGUGCUUUUUACUGAGAAGGGUCAGUUUGGGACACUUGCUCGCAUGCUUCAAGUGGAUCCACCCCCCAAAGCCGUAAAAGUCACUAUGAGCAAGCGAGUUCCUUUAGUUGGUGAUGAGCUGAAAGCUUAUGAAGAGGAACAAGAACGGAUAAAAAAGGAAGAAGUGCUAAAGGCUAGCAUCAGCAAGGAGAAGGAGCUAAAGGCUUCUCAUGAAUCAAAUGCAAAGGCUUCUGACCCCAUGGUUGUUGAUGCAAGCUCGUCUCGUAAAUCAUCCAAUGCUGGCUCACAUGUUGGCGGGAAUGUGGAUAUUCUAAUUGAUGGAUUUGUCUCUCCGGUGACCAGCAUCGCUCCAAUGUUUCCUUUCUUUGAAAAUACUGCUGACUGGGAUGACUUCGGCGAGGUUAUCAAUCCUGAUGAUUAUAUGAUGAAACAAGAUGAAAUGGAUAAUAAUAUGAUGCUCGGUGCUGGAGAUGGCAUGGAUGGUAAACUUGAUGAGAGCUCAGCACGCCUUCUUCUUGAUUCAGCACCGUCAAAAGUUAUUUCCAACGAGAUGACUGUGCAAGUAAAGUGCUCAUUGGCAUAUAUGGACUUUGAAGGUCGGUCCGAUGGACGUUCUGUAAAAUCAGUUAUUGCUCAUGUGGCCCCACUGAAACUCGUUUUGGUACACGGAUCAGCAGAAGCUACUGAACAUUUAAAAAUGCAUUGUGCAAAAAACUCUGACUUGCAUGUUUAUGCUCCUCAGAUAGAAGAAACGAUUGAUGUAACAUCAGAUUUAUGUGCUUACAAGGUACAACUUUCUGAGAAGUUAAUGAGCAAUGUCAUUUCUAAGAAGUUGGGUGAGCAUGAAAUUGCAUGGGUUGAUUCAGGGGUUGGAAAGGUGGAUGAGAAGCUCACUUUGCUACCCCCCUCAUCAACUCCAGCAGCCCACAAGUCAGUUCUUGUGGGUGAUCUGAAAUUGGCUGAUUUCAAGCAAUUCCUAGCAAAUAAAGGUUUACAGGUUGAGUUUGCUGGGGGUGCUCUACGGUGCGGCGAGUACAUCACCGUGCGCAAGAUUGGCGAUUCUAACCAAAAGGGUAGCACGGGUUCUCAGCAGAUUGUGGUCGAGGGUCCGUUGUGCGAGGACUACUACAAGAUCCGCGAGCUCCUUUAUUCACAGUUCUUCUUGUUGUAGAGGUCAAGCGCUGCACCAUUGUUGUGUGUUGUACAAACCGACUGGUGAAUAGACAAGUGGAAACUGCCUCGCUAACGUAAAUUAAUCCUGGGGAUGCCAGUUGUACCUUUUCUUAUUGAACACCUUUGUCCGUUGCUAACGUCAUUUGUGCAUUCAUCUUUUAGUUCAUUUAUUUCAUAUUUCUGUGGCAUGUGUGUUGCCACAUACCAUAUUUCUGUGGUAAUACGUAAUGAAGGGGGAAAACUAAAUUAUGUAAGGAAACACAACAAAUGUAUCAUUACGGCAGCAAGUUCAUGUUUAGGUGAACCACCGUUUUCUGUCUUUGCCAA